AUGUCCUCCAGCCCACACCCUGCGGAGUACUACACGCUAGCACUGCGACAGCUCGUUUCGACGGCCGAAGCUGCGGCGAAGCUCGCGGAGGUGGCGCAAUUAGAAGUGCCGACCGUGCAGGGCAUCGCGGGCGGAGGAGCAGCGGCAGGGAAGCGUGAGAUUAUAGAGAGGAUUAUUAGGGCCGAGACGGAGCGGCUGAAGGAGGAGGCGGAGAAUGUGGGGAGGGAGGCUGAGAGGGCGGCGGCGGAGACGGAGAGGCUGAGGUCUGAGACAGAGCGGAAGAAGGUGGAGAUAGAGUUUGAGAAGGUGAACGAUAAGGACCUUGACAGUUCGGCGCGAGUGGCGCAGGGGUGGUCUUUCAAGGAGGGGGCCGAAAGGCUACAGGCAGAUACGGAGGGGAGGAAGACCGAGAAAGAGCGGAAGCUGGCGGAGAUUAAGACGGUGGGGAGAAAGGAUCUUACCGGAGGCACAGCCGAAGUAGCUGAAGACGGAGAUGGCGGGCAGAAAGGACUCCGCCGACCCGGCACUGGAGGCGCAGGGAUAUGUUUCAAGAAGCAAGGGGAGGGGCUGAAGGCUGAUAUGGAGCGUAUGCAGGUGGAUGCAGAGAACCUCAACAAUGAAGUCAAGAAGGAGGCACAGGUGUGGGAAAGGGAAAGGAUGGGUAUAGCGACUCUAUUCGCGGAGUUUAACGCAAGGGGGAAGGCGAGGGAUGAAAAGCUGAAGGCGGGGCUGGACCGGGUAUUGGAUGAGAUGGAGCAACUGAGGGCGGGGACGCACCGGAAACUGAAGCAGAAUGACCCGAAGAUUGUGGAGGUGGUGCGGGCAGAGGCGGAGAAGGUCGGCCAGGAGAGGCGGUAA